CACGCGGAGGUGAGAUCCAAAACCAAAUGGUUGAAUAACUCCCAAGACUGCUCUCUAUUUAAGACACAUAACCAUUGUGGCCUCCAACUUAGAAGAAGAAGAAGAAGAAGAAGAAGAAGAAGUGGAGAGAAAAAAAAAGGUAUGGCCAUCUUCUGUUUCCUUGUAGACCAGAGGAAGCAAGUCAGGGGGAGGAAGCCGGCAGCCGGUUUAUGCUCGCGGUGCGGAGGAGGAGCAGUGGUGGCGGACAUGCGAACCUCCACAAGAUUCUGUGGGGUCCCCUUUUACCGCAAAGCUUGGAAGGCCAUUGUCUGUCAUUUCUGCAGCGCUGUGCUCAAAUCUUAUCACUGAUUGCACCAAACCAUCUUUGUUUUUCUUCUUUUAUUCAUUUGUUUUUUUUUUGUUUUUAAUGAGUCAAGCUACUUGCCAUGGAAUGUAGCUUGAUUGUCUGCCUACCCUAGAGAAAGACCCUAUAGUUUGCUUGCUUGUUUGUUAUUCAGUUAGCUCUUUUCUUCUGACUAAUUCAUUUUGAGAUGGAUCACUUUCUCCU